UUCCCAACGCUUUUUGAAUGAGGCGCAGCUUCCGUAUAGCUGGAAAUACAAUAUCCGGAUUUAAUCGUCACCUGAUAAACUGCUCGAGUUCGUGUUGUAGAUGAUCCGUGGGUCCUAAUGGCAGCAAAUCCACCCAAAAUCAAGGUGCUGCUCAGCGACAAUGACAGAUUACAGAACCUGAAAAAGGCAUUCACUGGGAAAUAUGGAGAAAGUCCCCUGUUUUAUGCUUUUGCUCCUGGCAGAGUGAAUUUAAUAGGAGAACACAUUGACUACUGUGGAUAUGCUGUCCUCCCUAUGGCUAUCGAGCAAAAUAUCCUUGCUGCUGUGUCUGUGAAUAACUCUCAAAUAAUCCAACUGGCCAACACUGACCCUAAAUACAAGGAUUUCGCAGUGUCUGUCUGUGAAAUCACCAUAGACCCUAAGAAUCCUCAGUGGCACUAUUACUUUCUUUGUGGAGUCAAAGGUGUUCAGGAACAGCUGAGCUUGUCGCCUUUGGCUGGGAUUCGGUGUGUUGUGGAUGGAACGAUUCCAGCUAGUUCGGGUCUGUCUAGUUCCAGUGCUCUGGUGUGCUGCGCUGGUUUGGUCACUAUGGAAGCGAACGGAAAAUCUGUCUCCAAAGUAUUGUUGGCUGAGACAUGUGCCAAGUGUGAACGCUAUAUUGGAACUGAAGGAGGAGGAAUGGAUCAAUCCAUAUCAUUUCUUGCUGAAGAGGGAACUGCAAAGCUGAUCGAGUUUAAUCCUCUGAGGAGUAAAGAUGUGAAGCUCCCAGCUGGUGCUGUCUUUGUGAUUGCCAACAGUUGUGUGGAGAUGAACAAGGCAGCCACGUCACACUUCAACAUUAGAGUGGUGGAAUGCCGCAUUGCUACGAAGAUUCUGGCUAAAACCAGAGGUUUGGAUUGGGGUAGUCUGCAAAAGCUGGGAGAACUUCAGACACAACUGGGCUCAAGUCUGGAGAAGAUGCUGGAUUUGGUGGAGGAAGUUCUUCACCCUGAGCCCUACAGCAGAGAAGAAAUUUGCAAGAUUCUGGAAAUCACCACUCAGCAGUUAUGUGACAAUAUCCUCAGUGCAAACACACAGCAUGUGACUCAAUUCAGGCUGUACCAGCGGGCCAGGCAUGUGUACAGCGAAGCGGCACGAGUCCUGCAGUUCAAGACUGUGUGUGAUUCUGCACCUGCUGAUGCUGUUCUGCAGCUUGGUGAGCUAAUGAACCAAAGCCAUUCUAGCUGCAGAGACUUGUAUGAGUGUAGCUGCCCAGAGCUGGACCAGCUGGUGGACAUUUGUCGGGAGGCAGGUGCCCUGGGCUCUAGGUUAACCGGCGCUGGAUGGGGAGGCUGUGCUGUUUCCAUGGUACCCAGCGAAAAGAGGGAUUCUUUUCUUCGGACAGUGAAAGAGCGCUACUACAUGCCUGAUGCUCGACGAGCAGCCCUGGUAAAGCAGAGCCUUUUUGUAACAAGGCCAGGGGGAGGAGCAGCUAUUUUUACAGAAGAAUAAAACAUGGUAAACAUAUAUAAUAUUCUGAGGUUUUUUUUUUUAUCAUGAUCAAAAUAUCAAAUUUACUGCCUCUAAACUUCAAAGGGAAAAAUUGUAUGUCUGAUUUAAUCAAAUUUGAUUGAGCCUGGAUUAAAGAGAUUGUUGAA